AUGGUUGUAAGGUGUCAGCGGUACUGCGGUCGAGGCCACGCUCAAGCGUCAUGUUUCGUGAGUGUCCUUGCCCGCCUUGAGCAGACACAGUUGCGACACUUUUGCCGGGCUGGUACCUUUUCUACACGUCGAGUUUGUCCCGCAGUGCAUCAGAAACCGUUAAUCGUUUGCUCUGGUGACGAGCGCAGGGACCCGCCGCACAGUUUGCCCAAGACUGACGGUGAGAGGAACAAGAGAACCAGUCGUUUCACCGAGGAGGAGCUACGGCGACUGUCGCAACUGGUCCAGGCAGAGCUCUUUCGCGAUGAACAGAAGCCUUUGGAUGUUCUAGCGGAUGCAGACUUGGCGGGGAAUGCGUCUUCUGGGGCUCACGCGACGCCGGUUCGGGUGAACGUUGACCUGGGGCUCUACAGGGCUCGCCGCGCGGCACAACGUGGCCGCUUUGACCUUGCUCGUGCUUUGUAUUUGCGUUGUUUGGAGUGGGACGUAAGCGAAGGCCGCGCUUGGCUCGGACUCGCCCGCCUUGCAGAACGUGCCAAUAACUUCGCUCUUGCACGUAGGCUCUUCCAAUACGGGGUGCGGUUCGCAGCGACAACGGUGACGGCGACAACUCCGGGAACUGGUACCAGCCAGGACGCAACUGUAUCGGAAAGGGCGACGUCGUCGACUGAGGAGGAAUCGCGCCCUGCUUCUAGGGAGACUGCGAACGCGCGCAGGCCAAGGCGUGCACGCGUAGCACCGACGUUGAACGGAUCACCAUCCGUCAAUAUUCAUCUCCUACAGGCCUGGGCGGUUAUGGAGGAGUCCGCGGGCAACGUGGAUCGGGCGAGAAAGCUCCUUCGUUCGGCGCUUCGGGCGGCACCACAUCACGUCGCAUCGCUGGUGGCUUUCGCCAUGCUCGAACAUCGCCAAGGAAACGAUGAAGCCGCGUUGCUCUAUGUCUCAGAAGCGAACAAAGUCGAUCCUGAGAACUACUAUGCUUUGCAUGUACGGGGCCUCAUUGAAUGGCGGGCUUUCCGUCGGUACGAAGUUGCCCGUCGUGCUUUUGAAAAGAGCCUCGCACUUAAUCCCUCCAAUUCCGUGACGUACCAUGCCUAUGCUUGUAUGGAGGCCUGGGCCCUGGGCAACGUCCAGCGCGCACGCGAGCUCUUUGAUACUGCUUUGAAGAAGGGGAAUCCACGGAAUCGUUUCAUCCUGCAGAGCUGGGCGCUUUUAGAGGCCGAGAAAGCUGAUGAUCUGCAGGCAGCUCGAGCGCUGUUCGCAAAGGGCACGCAGGCGCACCCACGAGAUGCAGCGAUCUGGCAAUCCUGGGCACUCGUCGAAGCCCGGAGAGCUAAAGACGUGGAGAAAGCUCGAAAACUGUUCGCUGCUGCGCUGCACGCAGACCCACAGCAUUUGGCAGCGUGGCAGGCGUGGGCCAUGCUAGAAGCCGACGCAUCCCGCGGUGGCAGCGGCAUCGAGGAGGCCCGGAAGCUCUUCCAGAGAGCAGUGUGGGCAGCACCGGAUUCGCCCGAUAUCGGUCGUGUCUGGCAUGCCUGGGCAACAGCGGAGUUCACCUACGCUCGAGAUCUGGAAAGGGCCCGGCGCUGUUGCCAACUGGGCCUCGAAGCCGAGGAACGAAUCCGCGAUCCGGCCAAUACCAGUGACGUUGACGGAAGAGCAGUAUGGAGCCCGUUUGGUGUUUCGCCAGGACAAUCCGGCUCGGGGACCAGCGUCCAGAAUUUUAUGGUCGAGACUGAGGGUAUCCAGGAUUUACCGCUGAUUGCAGCUGGUUCCUCGUAUUUGCGAAGACAGCGAUUGCGGGGACGUGGCGGUUCUUUGCGGAAGCGCUCGCAAACACGCUGCCGCCACGGUGCAUUGCCGAUGCUAUACACACUCCUGGGUCAGAUUGAGGCGCUGUGCGAGAACAUUGCAGCCGCGCGUAGAUGCUUUGAAAAAGCUGUGGAAAUGGAUCCUGGCAAUUCCGAUAUCUGGGAAGCGUACGAGAACAUGGAGAGGGAUCACGGCGGCGGUGCCGUUGCAGCGCAAGCUGUAAGUCAACGCGCCCUCAUCGCCACGAGUGCUCUGGAGAGGAGUCGAGCGCGGAUCGCAGCCGCCAGGGCCACAGACCUGAGCCAAGAUGACAACACGAACAGGAUGAAUGAGCGCUCCACAGACCCCGCUCUUUCCGUGAACGAGCUGCCGAUCCAGCUCACUGAACCGCAACCGGGAGACUUUGCCUCAACUGGCACCUGGAUUGAGUAUCGGGAGCUGUUACGACUGAGUCACUCGGAGGUGACACGACGGCUCCGCCAAGGCCCGUAG